CUCAUUUCUCCCCUCGUCAUCCAUAACUCAGCCGCCAUCAUCCACAUUGUCCUCAACCCCACUCCCCUCCCAUCAGUCAUCCCUCCUCAUCCCCCCGUCUCUUACUCGCGACCGUCCGGGAUGGCGCUCUGAUGCCUCCUCCCCCACCUCGACAGGGCUAUCCCCCAAACAACAACUCGUCUCAUUCAAUCCAUCCACAACAACAACAAUCCUCUUCUUAUUCCCAUUCUCCCACAAUCACAUCUACUUCUUAUCCACCACAUUCUCCACACCCACACCAUCUCCCACACGAACAGCAGUAUCCAUACCCUCCUCAUCAACAGCUCUCUCAACCUCCUCAUCUCCCACCUCAUCCUCAACACCUCUCCUCUCACUCGCAACAUCCCUCCUCCUCCUCCUCCUCUUCCUCCACCUAUCCCCCACCCGUAGUUGCUGCCUACGAUCAUCAUCAGCACCAGCAAUCCCCUCCCCAUUUUCCUUCUCCUCAGGCACAGCCUUACUAUCAGCAGUCAUCGCCUCAUCCGCAUCAUCAGCACCAGAUCUACCCUCCCCCGACGCCCGACUACGGCUCAUAUCUUCACCAAGGCUAUCUAGGUGCUCAUAACGCCUUCGCUCCCUCUCCUUCUGCAGUCGCCUCACCAGGCCCAUUCGAUUCGCCUGCGCAACCGUCGCCCGUCUGGCCACAGCAGCAACCGCAACCGCAACCUCACUUCUAUCUACAGCAACAGCAGCAGCAGCAGCAGCAGCAGCACGCAGAGCAAAGUCACGCGCCCCUUCAGCCUUCUGCGCAACCUCUGCCCGCGGCCAUCACACCCGCCCCUUCCUCUUCUCUUCCGUCCGCGCCAGCUCCCCUGGGCGAGAACGCUGCCACCGUGCCGCCUCGAAUCAAAUUCAACCUCGCCGCCAUCCGCGCCAGCGGGCAGGGUGACGACAUGCCAGUGAACACGAGGAGGCGCAAGUCGACGUCCGUAAAGGUUGAGGAGGACCACGGCCGUUCCACCCGCCACAGCCGCCGAGCUGCGGUGGCUGUGAGCUAUGCCGAGGAUGAUGACGACUUCGAGGACCCACCUGAAUCUCCACCGCCGCCUGCGCGGACGACGCGGCGAACGCGCGGUCACGACGACGACGACGACGACGGUGAAUACGGGAAUGGAGACGCAGAGGGUGAAGCCGACGAAUCAACACCGCUCGUUGGGACGCGGCGCUCGUCGCGCGCAUCCAAGACGUCGACACGCUUCCACGGUGAAGACGACUUUGAGACUUCUAUGAUUGUGGACUCGAGCCCAGGUCCAGGUGCGCGAGCCUCGCCGCCGCUUGCGGUAGGAGGCAGAACGACGCGCCGCCGACGAGUUGUUCAGGGCUCGGACGACGGAGAAGGGCACGAGCCGCAUGUGAAUGGCAGCGCCGAGCCACCAGCGCCCCUUCAACCACCCGUACCCGAACCCGCUCACGACUUGCCGUUGAGCCAGCGUGGGGCGCGUGCCAAGCGCAGAAGUUCAGAGGAGGAUGGCGAGUCGUUCAAUCCUAGCGAAUCGGAGCGCGCAUCUUCCUCAGAGACUGAUGCCGAUGGGGUCGAGUUUGUCGACGAGCAUGAGGAUGACGAGAAGGAUUCGUUCGUCAGCGUGACCCCACCGAGGCGGAGCACGCGCCAGACCCGUCAGACCCGGUCAACUGCGGCACCUCGAAGGAGCACGCGCGGACGACGGGCCGAUCCCGACUCAGAGGACGAGUAUGGCUCCAAGGGCCGCAACUUGCGUAAGCGCGAGUCGCGCCCCAACUACCAGUUGCCCCCCAUGGAUAUCUCUGCGGAGAUUGCGGCAGCUGAUAUGGUGAACAAGGCCAUCGCCGCGGCUUCAGGCCCUCGUGGCGGACGGAGACCGGGAGGGGGUUUCGGCGGAGCGGCUCGCUUUGGCCAUGGAGGCGGCCUCAAACCCCUCCCGUGGUCGGUGAAGGGCAAAGACUUUGCCCAGGCAAUGGGUGAUCCCGAUUCAUCUGACUCGGACAAUGACCUUCUGCCCAGGGCCAACGCAGCAGGAGCAGCUGCGGCCUUGGGUGGCGGUGGUCCUGGCGGGCCAGGAGGUGCCAGGGGGCCUGGUAUUCCGGGACCGACGGAUGUGCCCAACUUUGGGCGCGUCAAUCCAAAGUCGAACAUGGCCGACGCUGAUCCACUGGGCGUAGAUGUAAAUGUCACAUUUGACCGUGUGGGCGGUCUGGAUGGACACAUCAACCAGCUCAAGGAGAUGGUCGCCCUCCCUCUGCUCUACCCCGAGCUCUUCCAACAGUUUGGCAUCAUCCCGCCUCGCGGAGUGUUGUUUCAUGGUCCUCCUGGUACCGGUAAGACGCUUCUCGCGCGUGCUCUCGCCGCGUCGUGCAGCAACGGAAACCAGAAAAUUGCCUUCUUUAUGCGCAAGGGCGCGGAUGUCCUCUCGAAGUGGGUGGGUGAGGCGGAGCGUCAGCUGCGCAUGCUGUUUGAGGAAGCGCGCGCCUCGCAGCCAUCAAUCAUCUUCUUCGACGAGAUUGAUGGCCUCGCGCCGGUGCGCAGCAGCAAGCAGGACCAGAUCCACGCCAGUCUUGUGUCCACCCUCCUCGCGUUAAUGGAUGGCAUGGACGGCCGCGGACAGGUCAUCGUCAUCGGCGCGACCAACCGCCCGGACGCUGUCGACCCUGCUCUCCGCCGCCCGGGUCGCUUCGACCGCGAGUUCUACUUCCCACUGCCGAACCGCGACGCUCGCCGGCAGAUCAUCUCCAUCAACACUCGUCAAUGGGAGCCGCAGCUGCCUGAAGACAUGCUCGAUACGCUCGCGACUAUCACGAAAGGCUACGGAGGCGCUGACCUGAGGGCGCUCUGCACUGAGGCCGCGUUAAACGCGAUUCAGCGCAAGUACCCCCAGAUCUACAAGACGACCGAUCGCCUGCAGGUGCAACCUGGAUCGGUGCGCGUUCAGCCGAAGGACUUCAUGCUUGCUGUGAAGAAAAUUGUGCCUUCCUCGGCGCGAUCCACUUCCUCUGCGGCCAUCCAGCUGCCAAAUCAGCUGGUUCCGCUACUCUCGCAUGACCUCGACCGACUUAAGUCGGCCGUCGAUCUUGCCCUGCCCCGCGUCAAAAAACGCACAGCACUGGAGGAGGCUGAGUUCGAGGACGAUGAUGGGGACUCGUUCGAGAAGGAGAUGAUGCUGCAGUCUCUGGACCAGCUGAGAACGUAUCGCCCGCGCCUACUUGUUCACGGGCCGCCAGGCUCGGGCCAGACUUACCUAGGCCCAGCGAUUCUCCACCACCUCGAGGGGUUCCACGUCCAAUCCUUUGAUCUUGCGACGUUGAUGGGCGACUCGACAAGGACUCCCGAAGCAGCCAUCGUGCAGAUGUUUGUGGAGGCCAAGCGUCAUCAACCAAGCAUCAUCUUUAUUCCGUCGCUCGGGCAGUGGUCCGAGACAUUGUCCGAAACUGCUCGCUCCACAGCGCGCGCACUGCUGGACGGCAUCUCGCCAUCGGACCCAGUGCUUCUCCUCGCCAUUGUCGAUGGGCCUGUUUCUACACUUCCUCCCGAUGUGCGGGCAUGGUUCGGUUUCAGUGACGACAAUCGCAUUCAGCUUGGGACGCCGACCCUGGAGCAGCGUGGCCAAUUCUUCCAGGAGCUGAUAGACACUGUCCAGCGCCCGCCCACCGCCUUCCCCGAUGGCGUGGCUCGCAAGAAGCGUGUGCUUGAGGAGCUUCCGAAGGCUGAGCCAUUGCCUCCACGGAAGCCGACCGAAGCCGAGGUGCAGCGCGAGGUGAACCGUGAAGAGGCGGCGCGCCAGAUGCUCUACGUGAGCUUUUCGUCGCUUAUCUCGGAACUAUGCCGCAAGUACAAGCGGCCAGUGCAAAUUGUAAAGGAAGAGGCUUUUGCACUGCACAAUUAUCUCACGGAGCAAGCCGCCGCUAGCCAGCCGCCGCCACCUGCCGAGGGCAUCGUUGCCGAGACCGUCAACGGCGCACCAGAUGGCGUGGGCGUUGUCGAGUCCCAAGUGACCGACGCUCCUGGCGCCAUGGUGAUGACCCAACUGGACCCGACCGUGCCCGUGGCUGAGGCGCCGGUUGACGGAGUGGGGAUGACCAUCAACCCGGAGCCUGUUGCUCCUAUUGUGGCCGAGUCAACAGACCCGACUGUCCCAAUUGAGGCUCCUGGAGUUGCCCUGCCCGCAUGGCAGCCGCACGACAUGGACCUUGACACAGUGCAACGCAAGCUCACGCGGCACAAGUACUACACGCCGACGGAGGUUCUCGCAGACAUUGCUCUCAUCGAGGAGAAUGCACGGCACUCGAGCGAUCCCGACCGCCAGCUCAAGGUCAUCGAGAUGGCGGGGCAUGCGCGCAUCCACGUGCAGAGCUUUGACCCGCGCUGGACGCCUGAGUUUGAGAAUCUCGCUGUGCGCAUGCGUGCGCGCAAGGCCGAGCGUGCGGCCGCCAAGGCUGCUAGCCAGGCAGCCACGCGUCGCGGGAGUCCCGCGAGCGCCGACGGUGCUCUCCCUGGCGCGCCCGCAGCUCCUGCUAUUGCCACCGUGGUACCUGCCGAGGUGCCCGCCGAGUUGCCCACUGAGUUCGAGCCCGUGACUGAUGCCGUGGCGAACGGGAAACGCGACCGCGAAGGAGACGAGGACCCGGAGCCGCCGUCGAAACGCGCGCGCGACGACGCGAUGGACAUCGAAAUGAACGGCGCGCACGCCGCCGAACCCGAAAAGGCACGCACGCCCACGCCUGCACCUGCGCCCGUGCACGUACCGACGCCCUCGCCAGAGCCUGAGGUCGUGUACCCACCGCUUGUCGUGCCGGAGGAGGAGCUUGAGCAGCUUUCGCGCGCACUCAAGCACAGCACGGCCCAGCUCAAUGUCGAGGAGCUGGAGCAGCUGCGUGCCUCCCUCCUUGAUCGGAUUUGGCGGUCACGCCGCGACUGGGAUCGCACGGCGUUGUUGGGGAGUAUGCGUGAGGCCGUGGGCCGGUUCGUCUCGGAGGCUGCGGAUGCGCGGCGCGCCGCGGUCGAGAUGACGUACUAGAUAUAGGGAUGUAGGUGAAGGUAGCCAGUGUCAUGAAGUAGUCUAGGGCGGAAGCGAAG